AUGGAAGACUGGGGCUGUGUGACCGAAGACAUCUUUGGUGGAAUGCCGAGCUCGUCCGGUCGACUCGAUGACAUUGUUGAUGCUCUUCAUCACAAUAACCAUGAUUUUACGCAAAUAGGAAUUGCUUCUUUAAGGGAUAUAAAUCAGCCUAUCGCAGGUAAGGUUGAAAUUAUUCUACUGGCAAUUACUGUUUGUUUUUCGGAUGAUAGCGUCGAAAUUCAUCGAUGUGAUAAUAUGAGUGCGAGUAGAAGCGUCGCACCAAAGAUAUUAAAGAAGAAGAAACAGAGCGCUUCAAUUCAGCCGGCGUCGCUCAAGAAAGUUAAAUUUGAGGUUGAAAAACUCGUGAUUGCAGAAGGACUGUCUGGUGAAGAAAAAGAAGCGGCUCGUACAAGAAUGGCUGUAUCUCUUGGUGCUGCUCCCGAAAAAAGAAAACAUAUCAAUUAUAAAAAAUUUAAGAUCACGGAGUCGAAGUUUUGCAGGAAGCCCGCCACGAAAUCGUUCGCGCAGUCACUCCAAUUCUUCAAUCGAUCGACGACGGGUAAGGAGUGCAAGUCGAUCUGCAAGCAGAUCGCCACAACACAGAAGAAGUUCACGACACGCUGGGUCGAGAGAGUAAUUGGCGUUUUCAAUCUUUCCAAGUACACAUCGGAACGUCAAUUAACAGAUGCAUUUCGAAAGUUUGGCGACAUGGAAAAAAUCAAUUUAAUUUAUGAUCGUCCAACCGGACAAUCUCGCGGCUUUGCUUUUAUUUCAUUUGUAAAUGUCGAAGAUGCCCGUCGUGCAAAAGAAGAAAUGGGCGGAUCAGAACUUGAUGGACAUAAACUACGUGUGGAUUAUUCUGUGACUAAACGUGCUCAUUCGCCUACACCUGGAGUCUACCUGGGUAUGAAAGCGGGUGGAUAUUCAGGAGAACGAGGUGGUGGCCGACAUGGAGGAGGACGAUAUAACGGUCAUAAUAGCAGACAUCAUUUUUCUUCUCGUUUCCGUGGUUCUUCUCCUCCAAAUCGACCUGGCCGUUUUCGCCAUUCGAGUCGAUCACCACGUGGUCAUCCUGAUCGUCAUCAUCGACGAAGAACGCCGACAAGAGCUCAAUAUCGUGAUCUUUCUCGUAGUCGAUCCGGCUCCCCAAUUCCAAAUUAC